AUGGCGAGCCGGCAGGGCGGCCCCACUCGGGCGCGGCAGUGCGGCCGGCCGCUGCCGAGGGCCGCCGGAACGCAGGGCCAGGACGCGCAGGGCGGCCGCUUCCCUGCUGCCCAGCAGCCCGGCGCUCUGCCGUCGCGAAGGACCGCCGGCCGGGCCGCGGGGCUCCGCGCGCCAGGCGGCAGCCCCGGCGCCGCAGAGGCGGGCCUCGAAGUGACGGGCAGAGCCGGCGGCCUCGCCGCAGCAGCAG